UGUCAUUUGCACUUGAGUCUUGAGCGAACAGUUUUUGUUGUGCUGUCACCAUCAAACUCGGAUUAGGUUGCUGCGAAGUCCGAGCACUAUUGUUGUCUGUUUAUCAGUGCGUGAAGAGGCUUCAGGCUCCAAAGGCGUUGGAAGAUGUCCUCCUUCCUUGCACUCGUGUGUCUUGUUGCAAUUCUUGGUGCUGCACCGAACUCUUGCAAUGGAGAAGUUGCGAUGACACCGCCCCUGGGCUGGAACAGUUGGAACUUUUUCGCCUGUCCCGGUCUGAACGAGGACGUGGUGAUGAAAGCAGCACAAGCUAUGGUCGACACCGGCCUUGCUAAAGCAGGGUACAAGUACAUUAACUUGGACAACUGCUGGGCUGAGCCGAAGCGAGAUGGAAAUGGUAACAUUGUGCCGAAGGCGUCGACGUUUCCCAACUGGCAAGCCAUGAUUGACAAGAUACAUAGCAUGGGUUUGAAGUUUGGCCUGUACACAGACUUUGGUCUGGGUACAUGCGGUGACAAGGAACCAGGCAGCUACCAGCACGAGGAGCAGGAUGCCAAGACGUACGCCGCAUGGAAGGUCGAUUACGUGAAGGAUGAUGACUGCCGGGCACCUGCUGGCCAACUCUCUCCACCCAGCUACAAGGCCAUGUCCGAAGCUCUGAAUGCCACUGGCCGACCGAUGGUCUUCAGUGUCAAGCAGUCGCAGCCCAUAGGGACGGCGCGUGAGGUGUGCAACAUGCGGCGCGUGACGCACGACAUCAAGGCCACCUUCUAUGACAUGAUGCGCGAGGUGGAGGUCAACCAUCGUGACGGCCUGGCUGCCUACGCUGGGCCUGGCUACUGGAAUGAUAUGGACAUGCUGGAGGUGGGCAACGGCAAUUUGACCGACGUGGAGGAACUCACGCACAUGGCGUUCUGGUGCCUGCUCAAGUCCCCCAUCAUCCUGGGCAACGACCUCGGCAACAUGUCGCCAAGGACACUGGCCAUCGUAUCCAACGCCAACGCCCUGGCCGUCAACCAGGACGCGCUUGGACGGCAGGGUGUUCGGAUUUCGGCCGGCAACAGCGGGGUCACCGUGGCGAUCGCCAUCCUCGGCAACUGCACCGCCAGCAGCAAGGAGACCACGAGCAGCAGCCAAACAUGGAGCCUGGAACCCACGGCGACGAGCGGCGCACCACGUGGUACCGACUGCGUCCGUGUACGCAACGCGGCGCUCGACACCUGCCUGUCGGGCCACGGUGCAAAGGCGGGGGAAUUCCCCACGCCGACACAGCCGGUCACCGGCGCGUGCAACUACAGCGACGCGAACCAGCUGUGGUCGUACGACCAGGACACUAUGCAGUUGAGGCACCUGGUGAGCGAGCUAUGCUUGACCAUAGACAAGCCAACCAUACCCAAGUACAAGCUGAUCCUGGCACCGUGCACGCACUCGCACAAGCUGCCGCUUCAGCAGUUUGCGUUCGACGAGGGCGUCCGCUUCCGGUCCAAGUUUGCCGACUAUGCGGCGCACCCGCUGUGUCUGGACGUUGACGUGCACGAGGACUUGCAGGCGUGGGCCGCUCCGCUGUCACCGGAUCCAAACAGCAAGAAGGAGCGUUGGGCUGCCGUCCUGUUCAGCCGUGUGCUCGCGUCUUCGCGCAACGUGACCCUGAGGUUCUCCGACCUAUCGCCUGUGACGUCAUCAUCGCUGCACGUGUACGACGUGUGGACGGGCCGCAGCCUCGGCGUGUUCACCGGCUCCUAUUCGGAAGUGAUACCGGCUCACGGAUCUUCGUUCAUCAUGCUUGUGGCAUCUGAUUAGCGGAGACGACGCGUUCGAACCGUGCCAAUAUGUACUUGUAAGAUCUAGUCAACAGAGGGUGACAUCUUAUCCAAUUACACCUAGAGAGUUUCCAAAAACUAAGCCCUGUUCAUGAACCUUGUUUCUUUAUACAAACACCUAUUACCUGGUAUCGAUCAGAACAGUAGCCGAGUAGGUGUUCCACGCUAUUCAACCCCAUAGGUAUUUGGCGGAGCAGCGAUGCCCCGUGUGGUGUUGAAUGAGCUUGUCCCUACUUAGUUACUUGAAGUGUGAGUGCUGUGCACUGUAAUUUUAAUUAAAAUACUAGUUGUGUGUAAGAUUAGUUUGUAGCCAGCACAUCAUGUCUCUGCACCAUGUUAAUGUUAUCUUCCGUCCCAGCAUUGAUUGAAUGGUGCUAUCAGAGUAUAGAAGGGCUGGGACUGUACUGCAGAUUUCACCCCCGUAUGUGUGGGUACAAGCUGGACUUGUUUGAUGGCUCCGACUUUCCUCCGCAGGUCGGAUGUGUUGAACUGUGGCAGCUCCGUCUAGCCGGUCAAUGAGCAUAAGCACUAACCUGUCUUCCUGCUAUCAUGGUUUUGCACGUCCAAGUCGCUACCACUCAUGCUGCUGCAGAUCAUGCAUGUGUGUUGCUUCGGAUGCUUCUAAUUCUAUUUCCAGGCGUACUAUACUGCUUCUUUCGACUUUAGUUCUUUUGCACGUAGUGCUCUGUAGGCUUGCUGCGCGCGUCGCUUCUUCAAUUGCGAGCCACUCACAUGCUGAACUGUGCCCGUUUGGUGCAGGACAACUUGACAGCUUUCUAUGGCGUGUUGCUCUUGUUGUCAUGCCUUGUACGACUCUCUCUCUCUCUCUCUCUCUCUCUCUCUCUCUCUCUCUCUCUCUCUCUCUCUCUCUCUCUCU